UACAAAACUAAUAUAAAUGAUUAAUAUUUUGAAAGGAUUCUUUUUUUCUUGAAAUAGAACAUGAUAGAUUAUCUAAAUUAUUUUUGUAGUUCACAUUGACACUUUGGAAUCCAACUAUUCAUCCAGUAACAAUUUAUUAUCGUGUACCCGUAACUAGACAAUAUUUAAUUUAUGAUCCAAUAGGAAAUCUUGUUUCAGCAGAGUAUCUUAUGAUUCCAGACACAACGAAAAACAUUCCUGGUCGAAUAAGUUCUGCUCAAAAUCAAUAUGUAUUUCCAGCAUCAUUACCAGCACUUGGCUACAGUACCUAUUAUUUUGAAGAAAAAGGUAAAGGUCAGAAACUGUUGCUUUAUUCAAAAAUUAUCGAUAAAUUUCGUUUGUUGAUAAUAGUUGAUACGAAGAAGAUCGAACAUAAGAAAGUAAUAACAACGACAAAUGAGGAAUGUAUUCUGCAGAACGAAUUUUUACGUGUAGAAUUUAAUAAUCAAGGCUAUUUGAAGCACAUUAUCAAUUUAGAAAAGAAUUUGAGAGUAUCCUUUACUGAACAGGGUUUAUACUGGUAUGCUAGCUAUUCUCAUGUUAAUAGUACUCCAUUUUCACCAGCAUCAGGUGCUUACAUAUUUCGGCCGUUGUUUCCAGAGGCAUUACCAGUGAGUGUUGCUCGUCGCAUAAACUGUACGAAAACAGACACCGUACAAAGUGCCUUGAUUAUUUUCAAUGAAUGGACUAGUCAAGAAUUCAAUCUCUAUCGUAAUGCAUCAGCAAUUGAAAUUGAAUGGACAGUUGGACCGAUUCCAAUAGAUGAUAAUAUCGGUAAAGAGAUUAUUAUUCGUUACAAUACUGAUAUUAAUAAUGAAAAGAAAUAUUAUACUGAUGGUAAUGGACGUCAAGUUCUUGAACGUAUUCGUGAUUAUCGACCAACAUGGCAUUAUAUACCUGAUGAUCCCAUUAGUAGCAAUUAUUAUCCAGUUAAUAGUCGUAUUUGGAUUCGAGAUCAAGACCGACAAUUAACUAUUCUUACUGAUCGAUCUCAAGGUGCAGGGAGUAUCUAUGAUGGAUCAAUCGAAAUAAUGGUUCAUCGUCGAAUAUUACAAGAUGAUUCAAUGGGUGUUAAAGAAGCUUUAAAUGAAACUGCUUAUGAUAAAGGUCUUGUUGUUUCUGGCAAACAUAUUCUUCUUUUUGAUCGACCAUCAGAUAGUGCUCGAUUACAUCGAACGGGUGCUCAAGAAUUGUUUAUGCAUCCUCUGGCAACUUAUUCCUUACCAAAUACAUCGUCUUAUGCGAAUUAUUCGGACAUGUUUCGUCAAAGUUGGUCAGCUCUAUCGGAUACAAUGCCAUUGAAUGUACAUUUACUAACAUUCGAUCAAUUAGCUCCCAAAAAAUAUCUUGUGCGUGUCGAACACUAUUUUGAAUUGAAUGAAGAUGAAUUAUAUUCAAAACCGGUAGCCAUCGAUCUUCAAAUAUUGUUCAAAAGUAUUGGUACGAUAAAUGAGAUGAUUGAAUUAAUAUUAACUGCUAAUUUACCAUUAUCCGAAUUGCAUCGACUCGAAUGGAUGACAAAAGACGAAGAAUCGUCACAUAUUGAUCUGUUUCGUAAUGAAAAGAAAUAUUAUACUGAUGGUAAUGAAUGUCAAGUUCUUGAACGUAUUCGUGAUUAUCGACCAACAUGGCAUUAUAUACCUGAUGAUCCCAUUAGUAGCAAUUAUUAUCCAAUUAAUAGUCGUAUUUGGAUUCGAGAUCAAGACCGACAAUUAACCAUUCUUACUGAUCGAUCCCAAGGUGGAGGAAGUAUCUGUGAUGGAUCAAUUGAAAUAAUGGUUCAUUGUCGAAUAUUACACGAUGAUUCAAUGGGUGUUAAAGAAGCUUUAAAUGAAACUGCUUAUGAUAAAGGUCUUGUUGUUUCUGGCAAACAUAUUCUUCUUUUUGAUCGACCAUUAGAUAGUGCUCGAUUGCAUCGAACCGGUGCUCAACAAUUGUUUAUGCAUCCUCUGGCAACUUAUUCCUUACCAAAUACAUCGUCUUAUACGAAUUAUUCGGAUAUGUUUCGUCAAAGUUGA